AUGGCGCAUACUCACUCGCACGACGGCAUUGGCGGCCACUCCCAUGACGGCUUCAGUGCCGCCGAUCACGGCCACUCCCACGAGAUUCUCGAUGGUCCUGGCAGCUACAUUGGCCGUGAGAUGCCCAUCGUUGAGGGCAGAGAAUGGUCUGAGCGUGCUUUCACUGUGGGCAUUGGAGGACCGGUCGGUUCCGGCAAGACGGCGCUGAUGCUCGCCCUCUGUCUUGCACUACGGGAAAAGUACUCCAUCGCCGCCGUGACCAACGACAUCUUCACCCGCGAGGACGCCGAAUUCCUGACCAAGAACAAGGCGCUGCCGGCGCCGCGUAUCCGGGCCAUUGAGACGGGCGGAUGCCCGCACGCCGCGGUGCGCGAGGACAUCUCGGCCAACCUGGCCGCGCUCGAGGACCUGCACCGCGAGUUUGGCUCCGACAUACUGCUCAUUGAGUCAGGCGGCGACAACCUGGCCGCCAACUACUCGCGCGAGCUCGCCGACUACAUCAUCUACGUGAUUGACGUCAGCGGCGGCGACAAGGUCCCCCGCAAGGGCGGUCCCGGCAUCACCCAGAGCGACCUGCUCGUCGUCAACAAGACGGACCUGGCCGAGGCCGUCGGAGCCGACCUCGACGUCAUGGAGCGCGACGCCCGCAAGAUGCGCGAGGGCGGCCCGACCGUCUUUGCCCAGGUCAAGAAGGGCGUCGCCGUCGACCACAUUGUCAACCUGAUUAUCAGCGCGUGGAAGGCCAGCGGUGCCGAGGAGGAGAGAAAGUCCAAGGGCGGUCCACGGCCGACGGAGGGUCUCGAGACGCUGUUGUAA